AUGUGUGUGCACUUGUGCAACGGGGUGCAGUCAGGACCAGCCCCCGAGGGCGUGAGACCUCCUGCCACUGGACACCCUGCUGUGAGACGCAGUGGAAUUCCCACGGCUGUCCCCUCUCCAGGUGGGUGUCCCCGAGCAGGCGGCUGCAACGAAGCACACAUGCUGGAGCUGCUGUCCCAGUGUGGGCAGGCCUUUGCCCACAUGAUGCGCAAGGUGGAUAUGUGGAAGUGGUGCGACCUGUCUCAGUUCAUUGCGUACUACGAGAGUUUCACCAACUGCACCCAGAUGGAGACCAACAUCUCAGGCUGCUACUGGCCCAACCCCCUGGCCCAGGGCUUCAUCAGCGGCGUCCACAGGCAGUUCUUCUCCAACUGCACCGUGGACAGGGUCCACUGGGAGGACCCCCCGGACGAGGUUCUCAUCCCGCUGAUUGUCGUGCCUGUCCUGCUGACAGUUGCCAUGGCUGGCCUGGUUGUGUGGCGCAGCCAGCACACUGACAAGCUGCUGUGAGGGCCCUGCGAGAUGGAGGGGCCAUGCCUGGCAGCUGAAGAAAGUUCCCCUGGGCUGGGAGAGCUGGUGCACACUUGCCCGUGUUUGGCCAGGCUGGGCAUCCUACCCGGUCACAGGCCGACCCUACCCUCCCAGGCCGACCUGGUCCUGGUGGCUAGUCUGCCGCCUGGCUGCAACUCAGGCUGCCCACCCAAGCUCUUCCCUCUUUCUUGGGCCAGUGGAAAAAAUUGUGAUGAGGCCAGAGCUCGUGUGUGGGGCACAGAAGUCAUCAUCUGCUGCACCCCACGCUCCCUCCGGCUGGGGUGUCUGGCCCAGGUUUCUAGGCCAGUUUUCAGUAUACAAUCCCACCCAGCCUCAGCCCUAGCCCAGGCCCCAACCCACCUCCAAUCCUGAGCCAGAUCCCAUCUCUUUCCCUGCUCCUAAUGCCAUCUCCUGUCCUGACCCUGACCCCAUAUUCUGCUCUGACCCUGAUCUCAUCUUCGGCCCUGUCGCUGACCCCACCUUCAGCCCUGGCUCUGGCCCCAUCUCUUGCCCCAGCCCUAGCCUCUGACCCCACUUCCAGCCCUGUUGCUGACCCCACCUCCAGGCCUGGCUCUAACUGCACCUCCUGCCCUAGCCCUGACCCUGACCCAUCUUCUGCCCUAACCCCACGUCCACCCCUGACCC